AUGCUCCUCGAGUUCUGCUACAGCCACGAGUACGUCAUCGCCAACACACGCUUCCAGCAAGACCCUGACAAGCAGGUCACAUACUACGAGCUCCAGGCUACGCCGGUUGACCCCAUCACUUCGGAGUCGUUCGCGAUGAUAGACUUCUUGCUUGCUCCGGCCGAACGCCUGAGCAGUGUGCGCAAGUUGCGCAGUGACAUACUUGCUUGUAUAUCUUCACACCACUUUCCCGUGCUGGCUCAGAUCCGGCUGGUGCGGGACAAGGGCGAACGGCCUCCACGCCGAGCCAGACGUGACUGGGAAUCCUUGCAGCACCAACACGUGAAAACAGCCUUCCUGAGCAACGUCCGGGCGCGCACCGGCGAGCUCGAAGGCGCCUCGAACGAAGAAGCUGCAGACGCUUGGGGGACUCUGCGCCGCAACAUUUGCGGAGCAAUCGAAGAUUGCAUCCCCGCAGAAGCCAGGAGCCGACGCCGCCCGUGGAUCAGCGGAAACACUCUUCAGCUGAUAGAGCAACGGUCCCUUGCGCGACAGAGUGGAGACAUCGGCAGAGAAAAAUCGUUAGCAAGAGAGAUCAAACGAUCUGCCCGCAGAGAUCGCGCAGCGUGGCUGCGAGAUAUUGCCGCUCAGGGGAACUGGGGUGCGAUCCAGAAGCUUCGCAGAGGCAGAAAGGUAUUGCAGACGCGCUUGAACGCCGUGGACGGCAUGACUGUCGGCACCGAAGAGCGGGCGGAAACCUUCGCAGAGUUUCUGGAGACAGUGCAGUGGAGGGUCCGGCCAGCAGCAGUACUCCCUGAAAGAGACCUUCCAUCUCAUUUGCCAUUGCCGGUUGUCGAGUCGCAGUUCACCACCGCGGAGCUCCGCAAGGCUAUCCGCAAGAUGGCCAGCGGGAAGAGCGUGGUCGACGGAGACGUUCCCAUAGAGGCCUUCAAGGAAUUCGCCUCGGCUGUGGCACAGGCUGGACAGGCGUACGGCCUCGAGCUUCACCUGGACAAGCUACAGCUGCUGCAAUGCCGCACAAACCGACCUCUUCACAUAUCCGGACGCGCGCUGGAGACCGAGGAUGCGCUUAUAUACCUUGGCACCAGUCUGACGCCAGACGGCAGAAUGUCUGGGGAACUCACAAGGCGCAUCGGGCUGGCACACGCGGCCUUCCGUGCAGUCCGGCAAGUUUGGAGACAUUCGUCAUUAUCCUUGCAGUGGCGGUUGCGCGUCUUCCACGCGCUCAUCGAGUCGAAGCUGUUAUACAGUUUGGCCGCAGGUUGCUUCACCAAGGCAGAUCUUCGCCGAUUGGACGGUUUCCAGGCGAGAUGCCUGAGGGUUAUCAUGAAGAUUCCCAGUGCGUACAUUUCUCGGAUUUCCAACGCCUCGGUGCUCCAGAAGGCCGGGGCAGAGCCUGCCUCCGCGCAGCUGCGGCGAAGGCAACUGCGCCUCCUCGGGAAGGUCAUCCGGCAGCCGGAGGGGUCUGCAAUGAGAGACGUAUCAUUCUGCCCGGGCAGAUCUCUCCGUCCAGCAACGGACCGCUACAUUCGGGUGCGCGGGAGACCCCGGACAGAGUGGAUCCGGACCGUUCUGCCGGACGGGUUGCGCGUCGCGGGCGGCUUCCAGCAAUUGACAGACGCAGCCAUCGACGAGCAGCACUGGCGCAAGAUCGUCAAGGAGUCUUGA